AUGGCUACCUGGACGUCAUCGUGGCGCGCUUUGCGGCAGGCCGCGAGGGCUCGGCGCGACACUCGGUGGCGCUUUGCGGCAGUACCGGCGUGCGGGGCCAUGGCGGAGGAGGACCCGGCGGCGGCGGCGGCGGGGAGCGGCAGCGAGAGCGAGGAGGGGGAGGAUGGCGAGCGGCGGCACCGGCAGCUCCUGGAGGCCAUCAGCGCCUUGUCCGGACGGAAGCGGCGGAAACUGGCGGAGCGCUCGGAGGCGAGCGGGCAGGUGUCUGAGUUCAAUGUCACCUGCAAAGGUGCGGGGGAAAAGCUGGUCCUGUCGGAGCUGCUGCAGCCCAUUCAUCCCAAAUCUACGCUGAGCAGCGUGAGGAAGGAGCUGGCCAGAGUGAAGCGGAAGGCGGCGGUGGAGCUGCCACUGAGCAAAGAGGAGGCCAAGAGGGUGGUGAGGGAGGCCGCCUACGUGACCACCUCGAAGGACGUGGGCAAGUGGCAGCAGGUGGUGCUGCAGAACCGGCGCGCGGAGCAGCUGGUGUUCCCCCUGCGGCAGGACAUCGCCACCGUCACCCCUCUGGAGAGAGCCACCUCGGCGUGGAAGGCCCGAACUCCGCUGGAGCAGGAGAUCUUUGGGUUGCUCCACAAGACACAGCAGCCCAUCACAGACCCGCUGCUGACACCUGAGGAGAUGGCCUCAGUGCAGGCCAUGAGCUUGGAGGAGGCCCGGCGCCGGCGGGCAGAGCUGCAGAAGGCCCGGGCAGUGCAGUCCUACUACGAGGCCAAGGCUCGGCGAGCAAAGCGGAUCAAGAGCAAGAAGUACCACCGCGUGCUCAAGAAGAGCCGGAGGCGCCAGGCCCUGAAGGAGUUUGAGCAGCUGCACAAAUCGGACCCUGCGGCCGCCUUGGCACGGCUGGAGGAGCUGGAGCAGCUCAGGAUGCAGGAGCGGAUGAGCCUUAAGCACCAGAACAAGGGAAAAUGGGCCCGAUCCAGGGCCAUUAUGGCCAAGUAUGACCUCGAGGCCCGCAAGGCCAUGCAGGAGCAGCUGGCCAGGAACAAGGAGCUGAUGCAGAAGGUGCGGGUGGAGCCCCCCGAGGAGGAGCUGUGUGAGGUGCCCGAGGAGGACACGGACACCACGGCCUUGCCCAUGCCCAGUGGGGCUAAUCCCUGGAUGCUGGGCAAGCCCAGUGGCCUGGCCCCAGAGCCUGAGGCACAGGAGGGUCCAAGAGAUGACAGAGUGCCUGGUGCUGUGGAGAGCAAGGACGAGAUGCAGGAGGAGGAAGAGGAGCUGUCAGAAGAAGAAGCUCUGCUGCAAGACUUCGAGCAGAAGCGACGGGAGCGGGCAGGGAGCCCCAAGGGGCAGGGCAGAGACCAUGGUGCUGAUGAGACUGAGAUUGGUGCUGAGCAGCCCAGGGACAGCCCAGUCCCCCCAGUCUGUGCUGAGGAGCUGGGGGACAGCGCAGUCCCCCCAGUCUGUGCUGAGGAGCUGGGGGACAGCCCAGUCCCCCCCGUCUGUGCUGAGGAGCUGGGGGACAGCCCAGUCCCCCCAGUCUGUGCUGAGGAGCUGGUGGGCACAGGGCCAGAGCCUCCCCCUCAGCCCCAGGAACAGCUCCUGCUCUCGGAGCAGCUGCGCCGCGUGCAGACCAUGGAGGAUGUGGAGAGUCUGGCUAAGGACGAGCUUGUGGAAGAGCCGGAGAAGCUGGUAACCCUGAGAGCAGGGAAGCGAGCACAGCAGCAGGAGAAAGGCAGAGCUGGGGACAGACAUACCAAGAAAGCACCAGCCAAGAGGAAGAUGAUCAGCUUGGAGGCUGUGCUGGAUGGGAAGCCCCAGGAGAUGGACUGCCCCAGCCUGCCUGUAGUCCUGGAGGAGGAGGAGGGCGGCAUCGAGCAGCGCGGGAUGAUCACGGAGGCCUUUGCUGGGGAUGAUGUGGUCGCUGAUUUCCGCCGGGAGAAGCGCAAGGCGGAGGAGGCGGGGAAGCCGCAGCCGGUGAACCUGGUGCUGCCGGGCUGGGGCGAGUGGGGCGGCACAGGCCUGAAACCCAGCGCCAGGAAGGUCAAGAGGUUCCUGAUCAAGCCGCCGCCGGCGCCUCCGCGGAAGGACCAGCACCUGCCCCACGUCAUCAUGAGCGAGAAGCGCAACAUCCACGCGGCAGCGCAUCAGGUCAGCGAGCUGCCCUUCCCCUUCGAGCGGCACCAGCAGUUUGAGCAGAGCAUGCGGACGCCCGUGGGCCCCACGUGGAACACUCAGCGAGCCUUCCAGAAGCUGACAGCCCCUCGAGUCAUCACCCGCACCGGCCACAUCAUCCAGCCCAUCUCGGCCGAGGACGUCCCCGACACGGCCCCUGGCAGCGAGGCCAGGCCUGAGGGGGAGCCCAUGCCCAGGAGGAAGGCUGGGCCCGGGAAGAAGGCUGUGUCCAGGGGGAAGGCUGUGUCCAGGGGGAAGGCUGUGCCUGGGGAGAAGGCUGUGUCCAGAGGGAAGGGUGUGUCCAAGGGGAAGGCUGUGUCCAAGGGGAAGGCUGUGUCCAAGGGGAAGGCUGUACCUGGGGAGAAGGCACAGCCCCAGCGCAGCAGAGCACGGUAGCUCUGUGUCUGCAGCCUGGAGGCUCAAACUGGAGUGAGCGGAGGAACCAGGAGCAGCAGCAGCAGCUCCUGGUUCUGUCCAGUUCCUUCUUCUACCUCUUUCUCUGCAAUAAAACCCAGGGCUGCCCUUCC